AUGGAGGUAUUGACCCGAUUGAGAAGAAACCAGUUAUAUUGUAAACUAGAAAAAUACACAUUCGAGGUAUCAUCUAUUCUGUUUCUUGGAUAUAUCAUUUCUGGUUCAGAAUUACAAAUGGAUCCCACUAAAGUCCAAGCCAUUCGAGACUGGUCGGUUCCUUCUACUCUCAAAGGAAUUCAGCGCUUCCUUGGUUUUGCUAAUUUUUACAGAAAAUGUAUUAAAAAUUAUUCCUCAAUUGUGGCAGCUAUUACAGCCCUGACACAUAAGGGAGCUAACCCCUUGUAUUGGACCCCUGAAGCAACCAAAGCCUUCCCAGAUUUAAAGCAUGCCUUCAUGUCUGCACCCAUUCUCCACCAGCCUGAUUUGAGUCGACCAUUCCAAGUGGAGGUGGAUGCAUUAUCGUAA